CAUCUUUUACAAUAGCAAUGCAAGCAAACACUGGUACCACGGAGAGAAUUCGAUUAAAGCAUGGUAGACGUUCCCUUUUUUUUCUUGAAAAAUUUGUUACCACGUGGUACGGUCACUGCGCUUGAGGUAAACGGUAUUUGUAACCUGUGAGAGGAGUUUAACAAAAUGCCGAAAUCAAAAAGAGAUAAAAAAAUAUCACUUACAAAAACUAACAAAAAAGGGAAAUUAUUGAAACAACAGAUAGUAGAGGAUAUACGUAAUUGUGCGACAAAAUAUAAACGUAUAUUUUUGAUAUCUGUACAAAAUAUGCGUAACAAUAAACUGAAGGAUUUACGCAAUGAAUUGAAGGAUAGUAGAUUUUUCUUUGGGAAAAAUAAAGUUAUAGCAUUAGCCUUAGGUAGAACACCAGAGAAAGAAGUUAUUGAGGGAGUAAAUGUUUUAUCCAAUGAAUUGAUAGGUCAAUGCGGAUUAUUGUUUACUAAUCGUAAAACGAAAGAGGUAUUAGGAUGGAUGGAGCAAUGCGAAGAACUGGAUUAUGCACGUUCUGGAUUUGUACCAAAUACAUCUGUAACACUACCAGAAGGUCAAAUGCCAUCAUUUCCACAUAGUAUGGAACCUUAUCUGAGGCAAUUAGGUAUGCCAACUGCAUUGCAGAAAGGAGUUGUUACAUUGACGAAACAAUUUAAAGUCUGCAGAAAAGGACAACCAUUGACGCCGGAACAAGCAAAAAUUUUUAAACUAUUAGGAAAACAGCUGGCUACAUUUAAAUUAAUUCCAUUAGGCGUUUAUUCCAGUAAGCAUGGAUAUAAAAGACUUCUACCAUCAGAUAAUACAAAAGAAAACAGUACUGAAGAAAUGGAAGUUACCGAUGAUAUUGUUACUACGUAACGUUAGUAUUAUAAGUACAAAAAUGUAAUAUAAGUAUAUUGUAUUUGAAUACUUGUUGUAUUAAAAUUUGUACAGAAUCUUA